CCUACCUAUGACCUAUGGGCCCUGAGCCGUUCACGAGUGCUACCCGCAUCAUACCACCUAUGCCAACACACCAGACCGAGCACAAAGCACUCACCAACACACCUGCAAACGUGCUGCCAAUAAAUUCUGCUUCCUGAGAAAGCAGCUGCUGCUGCCGAGAGGUCAGCAGCAACUUGUACUCGGACCAACAUGGCGGCACCCCGGGCGAGGCCGCCGCGGAGACGCGGCGGCGGCUCGAGCAACUCCGUGAACAUCACAAGCCGCUUGGUGAUGGCCUUGAUCGCUUUCCUGUCGAUCUUCUACCUCUACUUGUCCCACGUCGAGGUCACACGCCACGAUAUCUCCAGGUCCAGCCCUCACCCGUUCCCUGGGCAGAGCUUCGACACCGACGGUAACUACGACGAUGAAGACCCAAGGCAGCACGAGCCGGAAGUGUUGCGCCAACCGAACCACCCCGCGGAGGGCCCAAUGGACUACAUCCCGCUGCAGUGCGACGGGGGGAAGCCGGACGUGGACUUGUCUUACUGGAAGGACAUUCCGCUGGACAAGGCAUACGAGAGUCCGUGGGGGGCCAGCGCCCGUAAGGCGCAGGAGGAGGGGAGACCGCAGUACGUCACCUUUGAGCCCGACCACGGGGGAUUCAACAACAUCAGAAUGGCCAUGGAGGUGAUGCUGGUCUUCGCUAGAGCAACCGGGCGCACGCUGGUCAUGCCACUGGCGCAGAAGUUCUACCUGCUGAACAGGCCGGCGGUGGAAUUCGCGGACAUGUUCCCCAUAGAGUACCUCUCGGACUACAUGGACGUGAUCACCAUGGAGGAAUUCUUGAAGAAGGAGGGGCUCACGGGCCGACUGGGAAAGGCACCCCCUGGAAACAAAAGCUCAGGGCACAGCAAGGAAGCCGUGCAAGACUACCUGCGGGAGGUUGCCGACAUCGUUCCCCACUGGUACCACAUGGACGAGGCCUUGAUAUUCGGCCCUUCGCCGGAAGAUCCCAAGGUCCCCAACGACGAGGAGUCUCAGGCAAUCUCUGCGUGGCUGCAGGAGUUCCUCACCGACAAGCGGCGACAGCUGGAUUACGGCGAGGAUAUGCAGCGGGCUCGGCACAUUCACUUCCGGACAUCGCCCGGAAAGGGCCGCGAGGAGUACAGGCUCUUCACCCACUUCUACACCUUCGUGGGCUUCAGCGACCCCGUCGCGGCCCGACACCACCGCCGUCUCGUGCGAGACCUCGUCCACUUCCGAGAGUCCCUCUUCUGUGCGGCGGCGACGAUAGUCGGGAGGCUCCGUGCCGCCGGCGGGGGGGACCCCGGGAAUUGGUCCGGGUACUACGGGGAGUGGGGAGGGCUCGGGGGGAAGGAAGGGGGGGUGGGGGGUGGGGAGGUGGCCGGGGUCGGGGGGGGCAGCUACGCGGACGACGGCGGGGGAGAGGUUCGGAAGCGGGCGGGCUUCAGCACGUUCCACAUCCGACGAGGGGACUUCCAGUACGCUAGGAUGAAACCGCCGGCGGAGACGAUCGCCGCGGCGACGAAAGACCUCAUACAGCCGGGGGAGGUGCUGUUCAUCGCCACGGACGAGCGGAAGAAGGAGUUCUUCGAUGUCUUUACGUACGAACACCGAGUGUUCUACCUAGACGACUUCCAGGACGUCCUCGACGGCAUCGACCCGUCCUACUACCUCAUGAUCGACACCAUCGUGGCAUCGCAGGGGAGGACGUUCAUCGGGACGUGGCGCAGCACCUUCACGGGGUACAUCACGAGACUCAGGGGCUACUACCGCUUCCCGACGGAGUUCUCGUGGUACUUUUGGGACGAGAGCGCCAAGGACUACAUCCCCAAGUCGCUCGUUGAGGAUGCUGUUCCGCGAUCACCGUUCUUCAUGAGGGAGUGGCCCGUGGCGUGGGAGGACCUCGACCAGGAUGUGUGGCCAUAGUAGCGGGGACCGCCGCCGUAAGGUUGAACUUUGUCUCUUUUGUCGAUGCUACGGAAUAUACGCUUGGUUCGGCCGAUGCCGCGAUCCGAUGUUUUGCGCCCAGAGAGGGGGCGCUCGCGAAGCUGGAGUACGGGUGCUGCAGCGGUACCCGCAACGGCUUCGGUUCGUGGGAAACCGGCCAAAGGGGCACGCAUGCUGUCGGGGGCCCUUGUGCUGCUCUGGGUGUGGUUGACAUGGAGGCAGAGACGCGGGCGGGCGGGGGGGCGACGGGGCCCGCGUCACUCGUGCUGUUGCUGCCGCUGCUGCCGACGCGCUCCACAUGCUGGGGUUUCGCUGGGCAGUUUCGCCGGAGGCGGUGAGCACCGCAGAGGCAUGUUUGAUAAGGAAGACCUCAUGGCCCAUCGAUUUCAUUUACAAUAGUGCUGAUUAGUGGUGAAAUCCGCGAUACGGCCACGUGGACAACAACACUGCGCGUAAGGGGUGUGUGCUCGAUUCCUGGAAAUCCUUGCUCGGGUCCCGAAAGGCCUGUAGGUGAUUGGUACCUCCUGCAUUUCGAAGCACGUCGAGACAUUUAGACGGGGACGCAACACUACCUUUGGUACCCUGUGUUGUUUGAUUGGAAGAGGGGAUUUGUUGUUCGUUGGCGGCCCCGAUGUAGUCACUGUUUUUUUUAGUCAAUUGUGCUAGUUGUAGCAAUAGUAGUCAUUCCCCCGUGGUACGCGAGGUGUCUUCGGUCGGUGGUAAAACGGUCUACAGGCCGGCCUUGCGCAGACGGGGCUAUCGAUCCGUCCGGGCAGCUAUGGCGGCAGUGGUCGAGGUCAUCGCCCGUGAGGGAGGGGAGAAUUCGCUAGGGCGUGGCACCCGGCGGUGUGCUGCAGCGAGCCCGCGUGCGCCGGACAUAUUCAGCUGACGGUUACCCACUCUGCUGGUUAGUGUGGUGCGAGCGCGCACGGAACUGCGAUGGCGACGGCGGCACCCAUCGUCAUCAACGAUGUGUGUACCAACGCUAAUACUUAAGUGGUUGUUUUUGGCCAGAUGGUGCUUUUUGGUUGUUGCCCUCAGCCAGCCAAGUAGCACCGCCAGAUACCCGUCCUCCAGCUCUUUCUGCUGCUGCAGCAGCAGAAGAUUGAUCGAUCGCGGUUGCUGCUGGGGCGGGGGUUGACCGCGUAAUGCCACGGCUAUCGGGAAGGAACCACGUUGACACAAGGCCAAGGUGCUCUACGUGGAUUACUAACAACCAAUCUAUCAUCGAUAUGGCAUGCAGCUAUAUUUGGAACACCACCUGUGCUGUACUGCAUCUUUUUUUUCGGGGGAUGAACAUGGUGUGUG